AUGACACUUCGCCAUCUUUGGCGCAGAGAAUGGAUAUCAACUCUCGGAACUGAGCUGAUUCGAGUCGCAGAGUUUGAUCAUCCAAAAUCGGACCUUAUGAAGGGAUUCGACGAUAGAUGGACUGAAAGAACGCUAGAGUGGACUCCAGGAGGUGCUGAAUGCUCUCGAGGGAGGCCGCCGACGAGAUGGGGUGAUGUGUCUGCUGCACCGCUGGACCAGCUGAGAGCUCAGUGGAAUGCGGCUGAACGACCUCGUCUGAGUCACUCAUGA